CUAGCUUGACUAGCUUCCACAUGGCUUCCGGAGCUUUCCUUGUUGCGGCCAUGGUGGCCGUGGCCGUGUCGGCGGCGGGGGUGGGAGGCGACUUCGCGGCGGACCAGAAGGAGUGCUCGGACAAGCUGGUGUCGCUGGCGACGUGCCUGACGUUCGUUCAGGGGCAGGCACCGUCGCCGACGCCGGACUGCUGCGCGGGGCUGAAGACGGUGCUGCAGACGGGCCGCAAGUGCCUGUGCGUGCUCGUCAAGGACCGUGACGACCCCGGCCUGGGCCUCAAGAUCAACGUCACAAGGGCGCUCGGACUCCCCGCCGCCUGCAGCGCGCCCGCCAACAUCUCCGACUGCCCAAGGCUACUUAACCUGCCACCCAACUCCAAGGACGCGCAGGUCUUCGAGCAGUUCGCCAAGCAACAGGCAGCUGCCCAGAGCAGCCCCAGUGGUGGUGGUGGGUCGAGUGCGCCGAGCACGGGCGCACAGAAGAACGCGGCGACGAGGAUGAGGUGGUUGGGAGUGGGCGGAGUCGGUGGCGCCGCACGCGCAGUGCCGCUCUUCUUCUUGGUCUGCACCGCCAUCCCACUCGCCCUGCCUUUCCUGCUUCUUCUGGGCUGAAUAAAACGGAAAGGAACUGAGACUUGAGAGGGAUAGUGCCGAUCAUCAUUUCUGUUUGUACAUGGUGUUGCCGACCUGGUUGAUGAGUGCAAGCAUGAAGGCAUGCGUGUGUGUGAGUGCUGUCUCUGAGUUUCCAUGUGUAAGAAACUGAAGCAAUAUGCCAUGAAAAUUGGUUGUACUGCAUGUUGACGACUGGGAUUUCCGGUUUCGUCUCAGAGUGCCAUAACUGCCUGCUCAUUUGUAACGGGUAUAUAUACUUGAUGAAGUAGCUCUAAUAAAAUCCUUCAUUUGUCACAA